CAGCAUGCAAUGGGAAGCGGACACGCCAUAUUGAAUAUUUAGAGAAAUUCUUCGACGUUUUGGGUGAAAUCCAUUGGAAUCCUCGGCAAUUCGGGGAAAAUGAAUUACUGUGUUGAAGUAUCGAAUAAAUUUGAACUUGUCAUAGAGGAUGAUGAUCCCUAUGAAGCUUUAAGAAAUAUAGAACUGGAAAAGAAGCAGGCAAAAGAGAAUGCUAAGAACACUAAAAAUACCAAAUCUGACAAGUCGGCCAAGUCUGCAAAAAAUAAACAGAACAAGAAAAUCAAGGCUCCUGAAGCCGAAUUGAAGUCAAAACAAAUAGAAGAAAGUGCACCCAAAAAGGAAGAAAGAGCACCAAGGGAAAAUCAGCCCCCAAGGAGAAGGAACCAACAGCAACAGCAAGAUGACCGUGGAGGAGAUAGACAAGUAAGGUUUAAUAAGGACAAUAAUACUGAAAAUCGUGGAUUUAGCCGUGGAUUCAGAGAUGAUCGAGAUGAAAACAGACCACCAAGAUAUGAGAGACGAGAUAGAGAACGACAGGAAGGUGAAUUCAGGGGUAACCGAGAUGGACAAGUGGACAACGAAGGUGGACGAAGUGGCUUUGCUGGUGGAAGAGGUGGAUUUGGACGUGGAGGACGCGGUGGACGUGGCAGAGGAAGAGGUCGAGGAGGAUUUGGAGGCCCAAAACGCGACUUUGAUAGACAUAGUGGCAGUGACAGAACUGGUAUAAAGCCUGUUGAAAAGAAAGAUGGAUUUGGCUCACGGAACUGGGGAAAUUUUGACAACGACGCAGCUGAUGAAAGUGGAAUGAAAGCUGUGGAAAAACGGGAUGGUGGAGGAGCUUAUAAUUGGGGCACAAUUGACGAUACUGGGGUAGUAGAUGAACAAUUGAACACAAGUAACGUAUCUGAUGAUAACCAGGAGUCAAAAGUUGAUGAAGAAAAAACUGAUCCAAACACAUCCGGUGAACCCGUACCUGCAGAGGAAGGAGAUGAAUCCGCUGAACCUGAAGAGGAACCCGUCAAAGAAAUGACCCUGGAUGAAUACAAAGCACAAGUCGCUGGAGCUCGAACGAAAACAGAUUUUAAAAUUAGGAAGCCCAAUGAAGGUUGUAGUGAUGAGCAGUGGAAGAAGACCUAUGUGCUCCGUAAAUCUAAGGACUGGUACCAGGAAUCUGAUGAGGAAGAGGAAGACAGCGAUGAGGAAGAGGAGAUCCGUGGACGCAUCAAGACAACCGUACCUAUUGAAAUCAAAUUCGCAGACAACCCUCGACGUGGAGGUGGUGGACCAAGAGGAGGACGUGGCGGUUCAGGACGUGGCGAACGACGUGAGGAGCGAGGACGUGGGUUUGGAGGCAGAGGAGGUGGUGGUGGUCGAGGUCGUGGAGGAUUUGGAGACCGUGAGCGUGGAGGUGGCUUUAACCGCGGUGGUGGUCGCCGUGGAGGAAGUGGUCGCAAAGAGGCGGCUCCUAAUGUCGAAAACGCGGAAGAGUUCCCCAGUUUGGGCUCUUAAAUAAAGCGCUUAAGCGCCAAGAGGCAGUUAAUAAACAGCCCAAUAACGUAGAAGAAUUUCUCUAUGAAACUUGAUAUGAACUUAAAAGACAUCAUAAAGUUGGUGCACCCAGCUGGGAUGUAAGUGUGAGACCUUGGAAUACCAGCAGUUUGUGUUGGUACUACCUACACACCUGCACUUGUACAUAGACUACUUCAGUGCCACCAAGGAGUUGUUUUCUUUUUCUAAUUUUAUUAUUAUUGUAUACAUUUUGCUGAUGGGAAAUCUGCACCAGUAUAGACAAUAUUGUACACAAGGUUGUAAAUUAUGUAAUAUAGCAACAGUUAAGUGUUAUAAUAGAAGAUAUCAUGAACAUAAUUAUUAUUAUUAAUCACUAAAUGAAUGAAUGGAACUAUUGCUGUAUUAUUUACAAAUUGUUGUCAAACAUGAAUUUGGUAUUGACUGAUUUUUCAUGCCUAAAACAUGCUUCAUGUUUCCAUCAAGUGUAAUCAUUACUUGGGAGAACAUCUGUGAUGACGCAUGUACACGUUAGAUGACAUAAUUGUGAAACAUUUUCCAUGGAAUUAUUGAAAAUAGAGAUAUUUUUCUAUUCGAUAGGAAAUUGUGAUAAAUUGUCUAUUUGUUGUCUUUACGACAAAUACUAUGGGCUGCCAAUAUGUUCAUGUUUUAUAUUGUAGUCUCUGCAACUCAAUUACUUCUUGGCUUUGAAAGCAACUAGUUUCCAAAUGGCAUAACAUGCUGAUUUAUUUGAAUACAACCUGAAAAUAUUAGUUUGCAACAGUGUGCCAGAAAGUAAACUAAGCUUGUAACUACACAAUUGACCAACAUUUGUUGCUUUCAAAACCAUAUUUUAUAAUCUUCAUCUAAAUACUUCUGCGUUGAUCUCAAAUCCUGAUGCUAGUAAAGCGGACCUGCCAACUAUUCUGGUAGUAAAGACAUGCCCAUGGACCAAUCUGAUUUUACACGGUUUUUGCUCUAAGACCAUGUAAAUAUGAUUAAACAAAAUACCACUCAAUCAUUUGUUGACCAGUGUAAAUUAUUUUAAGUAUGUAUCUUGCUUAUGUCAUACAGAGGAAUGGUUGGAUUGGGUUUUCAUGGCUUUGAAACUAAGGAGAGUUGGCAGGUCUGAAGAUGCAUUGUGAUGGGGUUGCAUGAUGACUUAACAGAAGAUCCGCUAGUUUAUGUUCACUGCAGUAGCUCUACAUAUAUGUAUGAAUGUGUCUCUUUGCCAAAUCUUUCACC